AUGCCGGGACUCCAAAAAAUUCUGAACGGAGUCAUCCGAUUCCGGCAAACGGUUCGGAAGGACUUGGUGAAACAAUUCGAGCAAAUCCGUGAUAAUCCACAUCCGACAGCCGUCUUCUUCACGUGUAUGGAUUCGAGAAUGCUACCGGCUAGAAUCACAUCAAGCCAAGUUGGAGACAUGUUCGUCGUCAGAAACUCUGGAAACAUGAUUCCACAUGCGAAUAACUAUGGUCCUUCUGGAUAUGAAGUGUCCGUUACCACUGAACCAGCCGCACUCGAAUUGGCAGUGAAACGUGGAAAAAUCAAUCAUGUCAUCGUUUGUGGACAUUCGGAUUGUAAGGCUAUCAACACCCUAUACAAUCUUCACAAAUGUCCGAAAUCAUUCGACGCCGAGUCACCGAUGGAUCACUGGCUCAGACGGCAUGGAUUCAAUUCGAUUAAGAAGUUGGAGAAACGAUUGGCUGAUAAGACGGCUGGACCCAUUGAAUUCGUCAGUGACAAUCCGUUGUUCUCAUUUCAAGCAAUCAUUGAUCCAGAGGAUAAGUUGAAUGUGGAGGAUAAGCUAUCCCAAAUCAACACUCUUCAACAACUGGAGAACGUUGCUAGUCAUGGGUUCUUGAAGGAGUUUCUCGAGUCUCAGACUGUCGAUCUUCAUGCAAUGUGGUUCGAUAUUUAUACAGGAGAAAUGCACAUGUUCAGCAAGCCCAAUAAUCGAUUCGUGUUGGUCGAUGAGUCGAAUGUUGAGGAAUUGAUUGACGAAGUUGAAAAGCAUCAGACUUAA